UCGCCACCCAGCUAUUCCCCGGACUCGCCUGGCACGACCAGCACAAACAGUCCCGCGGCCCGACAUCAUUUCUUCACGGAUCGCUGCAGGGAGAAGACGAGAUGGCGGGCGCCGCCGGGAUCCUGGCCGCGGUGCUGUCGGUAUUGCUGAUUCCUUCUGCCCACGGAGCCCAGUACCGCUCCGGGGCCGUGACUUUGCGGACAGACGACGGCGUCGUGCAGCAACUGGCGUACUUCGCGGCACAAGAACUCAGGGCGCAACUUCUACGUGUUACCAGCGCAAGUCAGCAGUCAUACAGUAGCGGUGGUUGCCUUUAUCAGCUGGACAUAGAAAUAACACGCGACCAAGGACGUACGGUUGAACGAUGCCAAGUACACGUCCUAAAGCAACGGUCAGGAUACCGCAUGACAGAGAGCAGUUGUCAGGUCCAGGUGGCGGCGCAGUCGUUGAACAUGAAAGGACCUGCUGGACCACAACAGGCUUCACUGCAAUCUCGCUCUAAAAAAUCAGCAUCUUUGGCAGCCACCCGGAGAUCUCAGUCGAAGCAACAGUCCAGACUUAGCGGUGAGGCGCCACGACAAGGCCGACUUACAGGCUUUACAGUCAGGAUGGGUUCUGGCAAGAAUCAAGGAGGUACACAAGGAUUUGGAUCACUGCGACAAGGAAAUCAAAAAGCUGGUGGAGCUGGAAGAUUUGGAUCGUUGCAACAGGGCAACCAGAAAGCAGGGCAACAAUUUGGAUCGUUGCAACAGGGCAACCAGAAAGCAGGACAACAAUUUGGAUCGUUGCAAGGUAACCAGAAAGCAGGCCGACAGCAAUUUGGAUCAUUGCAGCAGGGCAACCAGAAAGCUGGCGGAGCCGGAAGGUUUGGAUCGUUGCAGCAGGGCAACCAGAAAGCUGGUGGAGCCGGAAGGUUUGGCUCGUUGCAACAGGGCAACCAGAAAGCUGGUGGAGCUGGACAGUUUGGCUCGUUGCAACAGGGCAACCAGAAAGCGGGCCAAGUCGUUGGACCAGCUGACUUUGGUAGGCUCCAACAAGGAAACCAGAAAGCAGGGGGUACAGGGCUCGGUUCUCUGCAGCAAGGCAACCAGAAGGCCGGGGGUGCUGGUUUUGGCUCAAUCCAACAAGGGAACCAGAAAGCCGGUGUAGUUGGACCUCCUCAGAACACUGGAAGAUACAAUGGGUUCGGUGGGAGACAGAUACUGCCGGCUUCAGGACUUGAUACUACAUUUAUUCCAUAUGGUCCCAGCAUGGGCUCCGCUCAAGGAAACCAGAAGGCAGGAGGAGCUGGACAAGGCUUUGGUUCUCUGCAGCAAGGAAAUCAGAAAGCCGGAGGAGCUGGACAAGGCUUUGGUUCUCUGCAGCAAGGAAAUCAGAAGGCCGGAGGGGCUGGACAAGAUUUUGGUUCUCUGCAGCAAGGAAAUCAGAAAGCCGGAGGGUCUAGACGGGGUUUUGGUUCUCUUCAGCAAGGAAACCAGAAGGCCGGUGGAGCUGGCCGCGGGUUUGGUUCUCUACAACAAGGAAAUCAGAAGGCCGGCGGGGCUGGUUCCGACUACGGAUCACUGCAGCAAGGUAAUCAGAAGGCUGGUGGGCAAGUCUCUGGUUCCAUCCAACGAGGGGGCAAGAAUUCAGGAGGGUUUCGACAGGGCUCCAGUUCAAUCAAUCAAGGUAACCAAAAGGCAGGUGGUUCUCGGCAAAAUGGAGGAUUUGGGGGAUAUACAUCAGGAUUCAUUGGGCCGAUUCUUCCAGCGUCAAGUGGUGGGAGUACUGUAAUUUAUCCGUCCGGUUCCAGGUACACGGAUCAGAUCAGGCAGUCCCAGGUGAAGGCAGGCGGCGCCGGUAGAAUGAGGUCUCAACAGACCGCCUUCGGUAAUAGUCAGAAAAAUGGCAGACCGAGCCAAUCAAGUUUUGGAUACAUUGAACAAGUAGGACAGCCUCCUGAAAUUAUCCGUCCACCGAACUUCAACGCGGGAUACCUUUUGAGUUCUCUUAGGUCUCAGCAACCUAAGCAGAGCUACUCCUCAUACAGCUAUUCCUAUGGUAACGGAGGAAAACAGUCAACGUCUUCGAGCUACAGCUAUAGCUACAGUUACAGUUACGGGGACCAACCCUCCCUGCCAAGCAAAGACGACUACCCUAUGGAUGAGUACGGCGCAGCUGCAUUCGCCGUUGACAGGAUGAACCAGAUGACCAGCUUCGAUGAGAUCUACGUCAUGGGUGAACUGACCAACUCCCAAACUCAGACACCAGUUCCGGGGACGACGACGUAUGACCUCCACCUGACAAUAUCACCGACAGCUUGUCCUAGAGACCACAAGGCGUUUGCGUCCGAAAUGACGGAUCGAUGUCCACCUGUAGAUGGAAAGAAAUAUGACUGCAAACUGCGGGUGACUGUGCAGAGUCACCGGGAUGGGAAGACCCAGCGGUCCUUGGACGACUCUCGGUGCCGGCAGUUAUAGACCGUUCCUUCUGAUGUCAUCAGGACCGACUGAAGGGACUUGACAAUGUACUAGUCAGUGCCAGGAGAGUAUGAUAUCUGUACCUUUCUAUAUCGCAGGUGCCCAGGUCUCAUUUCGCCACAGCUAGGGUUGAUGACUUAUCAGCUGUGAAUCAUGAUUGUUCUUUCGUCGUAAUCUGACGAAAGAAGCUUUUGGUUUUGGAUUAAAAAAGUGUUUAACAAUAGCUACAAUGUAAGGACAAGUGUUAGGGUGACCCGAUUGGUGCUAUCGAUAUUGUUAGGCUCCUGCUAUCUAUACACAGUUUAAGUCGUAUUAAGAUGAUCUAAACGUUACAGAAUCUUUAAUUAAAGCAGGAGUUUCUAUUAGCCGGGUGUAACAUAAGGCAGCAUUUUCCCUUUAAUUGGCUGUGUACAUAUAAAUCAUUGAGCAGUCUUACUGGACGAUGGCGUAGCGUGCUACGAAGGAAUUACUCCGAAUGAUGACGUGUUGAAAACCAUAUGAUUAAGUUUCUUGAGUAAACGUGUAUAAGUCGAUUUACAUAGUUUUUCGAAGUACAAGUGAAUGUACGACAGCAUAUAUAUAGGAUUAACUUAAGGUACGUGAACAAUAUUGAGAUAGCUUUGAUUGUUUAUAUACCCUGUUUGUACGUUUAUAGACCUGGAUUUAACAUGAUAUGUAACAUCCGUGUCCAUAAUAUCGCCACCUUGAGAAAUAGUGUGCUUAAAGAUAUUCUUGCUGCAACAUACUUUUGGUAUGCACUCCUGC